UCGGCGAUAAAUAGGCAGAAUCGUGGUUACACUCGUAUUCAUGUAUUCAUAAGCUAGAUUUUGUGCCGCGUCACAUGGCAAUCAGAGACGGGCAAUUCGUGCCCCGAAAAGCCCAGCGCUCCACAAGCUGCACGCCAGAGGCGUAGUCGGGGGCUGGCGGACAUCCAAGGGGGCUUCAAGAUGGGCUUGGACUUCCGAGGCAGAGAGGGAGCCCCUCCAGCUGGAGCUGGACACUUGUUUCUUCGAUCUUCUCCCCCUUCGGCCCCCUGGCAGACGCCACUGGCCCCCAGUGACACACUCAGUCGCUGGGGCCACACUUGAGCGGCGCUGCGCUAAUUUUAUAACGCAAAUAAACACGAUUUGGCACUUGAGUUUCCUCGGCUGCUUUCGCCUUCUGCUUCUGCUUCUUCAGCGGCUCGAAACGGCCUUUCGUAUUGGGAUCUGAAGCUGAAGCUGGAGUUCUGACCAUUCGGCCAUCAGCUGGUGGCUUUCACUGCUAAUUAUGCAGCACUGGCCAUCUAUAUGGCUAUUUGGAGUGGCUGCUCAGCAGUUUUGGGCCUGGAAAUCGUUACAUUUGUGGGCAUGAUCGAAUGGAAACUCGACUACGGAGAAAAGGCAUGGCUUAGAGCGAGACGACUGUGAUUUUGACAGGAAAAGCAAAGGAGUUUCUUCCUCUUCUUUUGCCUUGCCCCAGAAAUUGACAUUUGAAAUUGAAGCUUGGACUGUCAUACGUGCGAAAAAAUAUAAAAUAAUCCGGCUGGAAAAUUGCAAAAAUGGAAGAGUUCGAAGAGUACUGGAACAAGCUGCGCUCGAUACUGGACGGGGUCUUGGAGCCGGAGAUGUGGCCGGACCACGCGCUGACCAUGGUCCUCUUCGAAAUGCCUACCGACGAGGCCCGAAGGAGACUGCGCCAGGCCCAGGCCAUAGCCAGAUACGGCGGAGACAGGAUCAUCUCGUUGGAGCACCUGCGGAGGGCGAUGAACACGAUUUUGCUGCGCCCGCGGCAGCGUCCGAAGCGCAGGAAACCCCCCCUGGAGGCUCGCCGCCUUCGCCCCCGCACGUCCUUGGUCAACUAUUGUGAGAACUGAUGCGGCCACACGGGCCUCCUUUUCUCCGUCCCAGGACGCCUCUGAAGACUGACAAGCUAACCUCAAAAUGUGUAUCAGAAAGGAUUGCAAUAAAGAGCCCCUAGGUUGGUCCAUUGAUGGGCUCCACUCGA